CGCUAAAUUUCAUACCCAACAAUCAAACUCAUUUGAAAGAAGUAAUUUUGUCAUAAUUUUGUCAUAAUAAAUAAUAAUUUGGUAAAGGUCAAAGGCAAAAGGAUGGGUUUACAAGAGGACAUGAAAAUUGCUGUGAUUUGUUCGAGUAACAUGAAUCGAAGCAUGGAAGCACACGCCUUUCUCGCCAAAAAGGGUUUCAACGUAGAGUCCUUUGGCACCGGAGAUAAGGUGAAAUUACCCGGUUCUGCGCCCGACAAGCCCAACGUGUAUGAAUUCGGAACAACAUACGAAUUUAUUUAUCAAGAUCUUCUUACGAAGGACAAAUCUUUAUAUACUCAAAAUGGACUUUUACACAUGCUGGAUCGAAAUCGCAGAAUAAAACAAAAACCUCAAAAGUUUCAAACCGCCGCUGUCAGAUUUGAUGUCAUAAUUACUUGUGAAGAACGAGUUUAUGACCAAACCGUAGAUUAUUUGAACUCAAAAAUUCCUGACGACAAUGUUCCUGUUCACGUCAUUAACAUUGAUAUUCAAGAUAACCAUGAAGAGGCAACCAUUGGAGCUUUCUUAAUCUGUGAGCUGACUGGCAUGUUGGCAGAUGCUGAAGACUUGGACAACGAAAUUGACGAAUUGUUACUGGAAUUUGAAGCAAAAGCCCAACGAAACAUCCUUCAUUGCAUCAUGUUUUACUAAUAAGAUUAUUUAUAUGCCUUAUGUUAUUUAUAUUUCCAUAAGAGUAAAGUAUAUUUUUUGAUAUAUGUACAUAUGUA